AUGGAAAUGCUGUCCCUAAAUAUAUCAUCAUACUCGAAACCCUCCGAGUAUCAGGUCUCAAAAUUGCCCUCGCCGAGUCUCAUCGACUCAAAAGAUGUAAUAGUCAAGGUUUAUGCCGCUAGCAUCAAUCCCAUUGACGUCAAGAGAGCCGAUGGCGCUCUGAAACUUGCAGUGAGAGACCCUUUUCCUUUUAAGAUCGGCUACGAUUGUGCCGGUGUGGUUCAAGAAACUGGUCGGGACGUGAAAAAGUUCAGAAUCGGAGACGCUGUGUAUAUUAGAUUACCCGAAGUAUCCCGGGGGUCAUGCAGCGAAUUCGUCAGAUGCUCUGAGGAACAUAUUGGUCUUAAGCCGCCUUCUCUAUCUUUUGAAGAAGCAGCCUCAAUUCCACUAGCAGCAAUGACCGCCCUCCAGGCUCUUCGAUUGUACCGUGGCGACCUUGCCGGAAAAACCGUCUUCGUUCCUGCUGGAUUGAGCGGAACCGGCUUGUUCGCAUGCCAACUUGCCAAGCAUGUUUUCCAUGCUGGUAAGGUCAUCACUACGGUCUCAACUGCGAAAAUUCCGAAAUUGGCAGAGCUUCUUGGCGAAAACACUAUUGACCAGGUUAUCGACUACACGAAAUCCGACCCCAGAGAUGUGAUUGAACAUGGCACAAUUGAUUUCCUCUUUGAUACUGUAGGCUCUUCCAUGGAGCUCCUGUGUCUGAUGCGACCAGGAUCUAGCCGUAUUGUAUCAGUCUCGACUCUACCUUCUGGAAAUCAACUGCAGGAUUCACCUCUUAUGGACCUGCCUCACCGACCCACUAUUCCGUUCCCCUUUCGGAUGGGACUCAAUAUGCUUGAUCAGGUCCGAAAGGCCAGGGCAUACCGUUACAAGACAGAAUAUUCCUACAUGUUUCUGGUAUCGUCUGGUGAGAACUUGGAUGAACUGACUCGAUAUGUGGAAGAUGGGAGACUCAAAACAGUAGUGGGAUCAGUCGUCGACCUACAAGAUAUUGAAGCUGUGAGAAAGGCUUGUGGGACUGUUUACAGCGGUCGGGGAGGAUUAGGAAAGCUGGUAAUUCGCGUUCACAGGCCCGAGUAG